AUGGUGGACGAGUCAGGGCCUGUGAGGUCCAUUUUGGACACGGACUUGUACAAACUGACGAUGCAGCAGGCCGUGCUUAAGCACUACAAGGAAGCUCAAGUCACAUACAUGAAGUUCACUAGGGAAUGCGUAGAUCGAAUUCGAGAGCAUAUUAAUGCCCUGUCGGAGCUGUACCUGACUACAGAGGAGCUGGAAUGGUUGAAGAAGACCUGUCCGUACCUACAACCAGCCUACCUCUCCUUUUUGUCCUCAUUCCGAUUCCGACCCCAAGAUCAAGUAACGGCCAGCUUUGUCCCCGACCCCGACUGCGAUGGCAUGGGCAGUGUGGAAUGGGGUCAACUGGAGCUGGUCGCUCAAGGAAAUUGGUGCGAAGUUAUCUUAUAUGAAGUUCCGCUGAUGGCUAUCGUCAGCGAAAUGUACUUUCUUUUCGUGGAGAAGAAAUGGUCACUUGUUGGCCAACGGGCAUUGGCAGCCGACAAGGCGCGCAAGCUCGUCGGCGCCGGUAUCCGAUUCUCUGAAUUUGGCACCAGACGACGCAGAUCCUACCUGACACACAAGACUGUCAUGCAAGGUCUCAUGCAGGGCGAAAAGGAGGCGCUCGAGUCCGACGGCAAGGGAAAGGUGGUCGGCACGUCUAACGUUCACUUUGCUAGGAUGUUCAAUCUAGCACCCGUCGGGACCGUGGCGCAUGAAUGGACGAUGGCUAUCGCGGCUCUCGAAGGGUACGAUCGUGCCAAUUUGCGCUCUCUGGAAGCAUGGGAUGCCGUCUAUUCGCCGCCGAGUUUUGAGCCUGGAAGUCCGGCGCAUGAUCUCACAAUCGCCCUGACCGACACUUUCAGCACGCGCGUCUUCUUCGACGACCUCCUCAGCAGCCAGAAAGGCAGGGAGAUAGCGAAGAGAUGGAAAGGGUUGAGACAAGAUUCAGGAGAUAGCAAGCUUUUUGCUACAAACGCAAAAAAUGUCUACGAGGGUCUCGGCGUCGAUCCAAAGGAGAAGGUGGUCAUCUUCUCAGACAGCCUCAACGUCGAGAAGUGCAUCAACCUGGCAAAGUUCUCAAAUGCAAUUGGCAUUGGUUGCUCCUUCGGUGUCGGAACCGACUUUACCAAUGAUUUUCAGUGUCAAAUGGAAGGCCCAACCUCAUCGCACGAAGCGGAUAUCGACGACGUGUCCAUCCUCAAGAGUCAACGUGGCAAGUCAAAGGCGCUCAACAUGGUCAUCAAGCUUCGAAGCAUCAAUGGACGAAAUGCGGUCAAGAUUUCCGAUGAUUUAACCAAGAAUACGGGCGACGCAGAAGAAGUGGCUAUGUGCAAGCGUAGAUUUGGUAUCGACGAAGCUCAAGAAAACGUGGAGGAUGCCUGA